AUGUCAGGGCAGACAAAGCUUUUGAAAGUGGUGCUCAUCGGAGAUGGUGGAGUUGGGAAAAGUUCGCUGAUGAACAGGUUCGUCAGCAACAAGUUUGAUACUCAGCCUUACCACACCAUCGGCGUGGAGUUCCUCAACAAGGAUGUGACAGUCGACGGUCAGAACUACACUUUGCAGAUAUGGGACACUGCAGGCCAGGAGAGGUUCCGGUCACUGAGGACCCCAUUCUAUCGAGGCGCUGACAUUUGUUUGCUGACUUUUGCCGUCAAUGAUAGAAAGAGUUUUGACAACCUGUCCUCCUGGAAAAAAGAGUUCCUAUAUUAUGCUGAUAUUCACGAAGGAGCUGUUUUCCCAUUUGUAAUUCUCGGAAACAAAGUUGAUAUGCCAGGCCGGGCGGUUGAAGAGGACCUGGUUCGAGCGUGGUGUGAUUGUAACGGAAAUGUACCAUAUUUUGAAACCAGUGCGAAAGAUUCCACUAAUGUAGAACUGGCAUUUGUUUCUGCCGUUUCGAGGCUGCGGGAGUUGGAAGACCAGCUUGACCACCGACCUCUCCAAGUAAAGACGGUCAAGUUAAAUCAAUCAUCAUCAUCAGAUUCAAGCUGUUGUUAA